AAAUUGCACGUAUAAUUAGUAUCCCAGAGCUUUGGUAAUGAAACAAAUUCAGACACAUUAGAAGUUCAGGGAAGAGAGUUUCAUGCAUAUCUGAUGGUACCAUUUUGGAAGAAAGUGAUUUUUUUUGAACUAAGAGCCUUGCAGAUCACAGGUUGUGUCAGUAACCAAGCAGUGAUUUUGUCAUAGGUUGAACAGUUUCAAUGGAUUCUUCUGCUUCUACCUCCACCGCAGUACCUGAAACAGAUCCUCAGAUAGAACACAUAAUUGGCAUUCCUGAUGAAAUUCAGCCUGCACUGCAUGAUCUGUGUUGUAUUUACAAAGUUCCUCUCAAUCUCAGAAAGUUGAAUGAAGGUGAAGCCUAUGAACCAAUUUUAAUCUCAAUUGGCCCUUUUCACCACAACAAAAAACCAGAACUAGAGCCAAUGCAUAAACAGAAGCAAAGGUACUUUAAAGCCUUCCUGAGACGUGUGACAAACGAAGGGGCUUUGGCCUACAGAGCCUUCCUCAGUAAAAACUUUGAUACCAUAAAACACAUGUAUUCAGAGCCAACUAGCCUUAGUAAAGAUGAGUUUGUGAACAUGAUGUUGUUAGACUCAGUCUUCAUCAUGGAGCUCUUUCUGAGAAAAUCCAACAUUUCUGAACAGCAAAAUGACCACAUAUUCACCACACCAUGGAUCUGCAAGAGCAUCCAGAGAGACCUGUUACUACUUGAAAACCAGCUUCCAUUUUAUCUCUUGGAAGAUUUAUACGAAAUAGUGAUGGAUCUUUUGGAUUCCCAACAAAGUGUUGACGAGCAAAACAAGCUAAGCUUUCUUGAGCUUGCAUUUAAAUACUUUGAAGAUUACUAUCCACACACCUCAACACCUGAUAAACAAAACAUUGUCAACAACUUCUCAUCUUGCAACCACUUCACUGACUUGGUAAGGCGUUUCUACCUUCCAGAACAGGUUAAUACCCAGGAUUUCAUUCCUUGUAGUACAAAGCAAUGUGUCCUCAAGACUGCAACAAAGUUGAAUGAAGCAGGAGUUAGCUUUGAGAAAGUGCGCCAUAAGAGUUUGUUGGACAUAAAGCUCCAGAAGAUUCCAUGUUGCAGCUGGUUUCUUUGCCUAGGUUGCGUACCAUGUUUCACAUGUGUAAAAACCCGUUUCCAAAUCCCUCAGUUAAGAGUGCUUCAAACAACAGAAUGUGUUCUGAGGAACCUCAUUGCCUUGGAACAGUGCCACUAUCCAGACCAACCUUUCAUGUGCAACUAUGUUUCUCUGAUUGACUCACUGAUUCACAGCACAGAGGAUGUGGAGUUGUUGGUGGACAAGGGUAUCAUUGAACAUGAACUUGGCUCCCACACUGAAUUGGCAACUAUGAUAAAUGGUCUUUGCAAGCAUGUGGAGGUGAAUGGCAACAAUUAUGGAAAUAUCACAAGUAAACUCAAUGAUCACUACAAUAGUAACUGGAAGCAUUAUAUGGGUGUGUUAAGGUCAGUGUAUUUCCGCGAUCCUUGGAGAAUAACCUCAACUCUUGUAGGAGUUGUUAUCUUCUUAUUUGCCAUUUUCACCUUUCUUCAUAUUACUGGUUUGUAUCCAAAACGAUGAACUGUUUUUGUUGUUGUCACUUCAUUUCAUUGCAACACUGUUCAAUCAAUAACGAAUUAAUCUGGUUCCUUUUUUGUAUCA